AUGAACCCUCGGGCAGUGGUGGGCAUCUUGAAAGAGUUGCCUCCACAGCUGCAGCCGGUCCUGGACUGCCAGGCAUAUGUGCAAAGCACCGAGGAGGUGGUGCAGCAGUUUAAAGGCAAGUUACGAGACGCCUGCAGCAAAGCUCAAGAGGCAGAGGCCUCGGUGCGGGAGAAGAAGCUGGCGGCUUUGCUUCAGCUGGCCAAGGAAGGCGAUGCGGCGCAGCAGGCGCUGGCCGAGCUGCCCGGGAGCCCCUUCAAAGUGGACAGCUUCGCCGUGGUCAUCCUGGGCUUUGCAGCUCAGAAGAGCCUGGAGGCCGUGGAAGCCGAGCUCUCGAAGGAGAAGGGCAUGAACCCCAAAGCUGUCCUUGCGGGACUCCAGGCGGUAACCAAAGAGUUGUCAGACUUGGAUCCCGAGAGCCCCGACACCGUCGCGCUCCGAAGCCGAGCCACGGAGUCUUGCGAGACAGUGACUCAGCGGAUGAUCGAAUCCUUGGAGGAUGCCGUGCAGGCAUCCAACGAGGCGAAGCAGAAGGCGCUGCUUAGCUUCGCCAAGGAGUUCGAUGCCGCCUGCGGUGGUCUCACAGGAAGCUCCCUGGAGGCUGAGCUCCAGACACGCGCACGUGUCUAG